AAUGAAGUUAGACAUGCAAAAGAAGUGAAAUUUGGAAAUCUUGACAUCAAAUACACUUCAUUAAAAUCAGUUAAUAAAAAAACUGAAAAUCCAAAUUUAUUAUUAACUGAUUCAUUAGGAACAGAUUUACUACCUGGUGUAUAUGAAGGUGGUUUUAAAGUGUGGGAAUGUGCUUUUGAUCUGGCUAAUUACCUUGCAGUAAAUAAUUGUAUUAAAGCUAAUGAUGCUGUAUUAGAGUUAGGUUGUGGUGCAGGUUUACCUGGAAUUGUGUCUUACAUUUGUGGUGCAUCUGUAGCUUUCCAAGAUUUAAAUUCUGAAGUACUGGAACAUGUUACUAUUCCUAAUGUAAUGCUUAAUACUUCAGAGGAUAAAUAUGCCCAUGUUAAACAGAAAUGUGCAUUUCUCAGUGGUGACUGGGAAUGCAUUAGGAAAUGCUUUUAUUCAUAUGCACAAGAAACAAAUCUGUUUGAUGUUAUAUUGUCUUCUGAAACAAUAUAUGAAAAAGUUAACCAAAUUAAACUUUUAAAUCUAAUGAAAGCUGCUUUAAAAAAAGAAGGUACUGUAUUUAUUGCAGCUAAGAUACAUUAUUUUGGUGUCAGUGGUGGAAUACUAGACUUUGAAAAAUUGGUUGAAGAAGAUGGCACUUUUACAAUUUCUACAGUUGAGAGGUUUACUAAUGGUUUCGAAAGAAGGAUAAUGAAAAUGAAGAGAAAAAACACAUCUUAAAAGGAAUAUCAAUAUCAAUAUAUAUACAUAUUUUACUGAAUAAAAUGAAUUACAAAUAAUUUUACUGUAAAA